AUGCCCUUGCAGCCCUUGCAGAUCAGGGACCACUUCGCCCUGAUCCUUCAAGUGCGACUUCCAGGCCAGCUGACGCUAUCACCGCAGGUGACCGUGGUCUCCAGGCGCUGGCAGGAUCUCUGUGCCUUCGUGCUCCUUGCCUUCGCGCUGCUUGUGUCCACAGUCUUCUUGUCCAUCUUCGUGAGUCUGGAGUGGAUCACCCGCCCCGAACAACGGGGCUGGCUGCUGCUGGGCUUCGGCUUUUACAUCAUCAGCGCGAUGAAGGGCCUCUGGUCCAUGCUGGUGCCACUGUUCCAGAACGUCUUGUUCAUCCGCGUGGAGGUCCGCCGUUUCGUCUCUGCCACCCUGUUUGAGGCGGUGACUGAUUUCUUGGCCAAAGAAGCCGAGCGGCAGGGUCUCACUUGCAGUUGGGAUCAGGAGGCGCUUCAGGAGCAUGACAAGCUCACUGGGAAGAUUCAGGUGAAGCUGCGGUUCUGGGGCUCACAGUCGCGAACGAUGUCGAUCUGCUUGAGGAUACCGACGGAUCCAGAGUCUCCAGACUCCGCCCACCAUGAACGCCUCGACAUGAGGGUUGAGUUCAGACCGGGGGACGACAUUGUCUGUGGAAGGGACGCGCGGAUCGAGAGGCGGCCGC